AUGAAGACCGAAACGACGGUGGAAGAAAACCGGGACAAUCCCGAGGAUGGUCCUUUGGGACUCCUGUCCGAGUGUGUCAAGGACAACGCGCAGGUUUUAAUUAACUGCCGCAAUAAUAGGAAACUUCUGGCGCGGGUUAAAGCGUUUGAUAGGCACUGUAAUUUGUUGCUGACCGAGGUUCGAGAAAUUUGGGUAGAGGUGGUGAAAGACAAAAAGAAGAAAAAAAAAAUUAACAAGGACAGAUACAUCAGUAUACUCUUUUUAAGGGGAGACUCCGUUAUUUUAAUUUUGAGAAAUCCAAAGUGA